CAUUCUAAGAAUAUAUUGAUUGAUGAUAGAAAGGCUUUAAUCACGGACUUUGGAAUAUCAAGCCGAUUUAAUAAUACUACUGCUUUGAUUUCAGGUGCAGGUAAUAAUAUGGUUGCAACAUUAUCAACUUUGAUUAGUUCAUCGCCUGAAAAUAAGAGAGUCAGGAUCAAAGCAUCAGACGAACAAUCAUGGUUUCAACAUGAUAAAAUUAACAUGCAGCAACUUUAUGAAAUUAACAUGCAGAAUACACAAAAUGCAACUUCCCGUGCGACCAUCAGCUCACUACAUGCCAAACAAUCGCAUGCUUUGUCGUCAUCAAAUAUCAUUUCCGCUUCAAACGCAAAUGCUUUAUGUGUUGAAAAUACAUCACAAUAUGCUUCUAAUAGUAUGCGCGUUCACUAUAGUACGUUUGUACCAGUCUGGUAUGUUCCUCCAAAAGUUCUUCUAGUAGAUGAUGACUUG